CGAUACGGCAUUUUUCCAUCCGAGUUGUUGCCAGACAAAGGAUGCCUUCUGCCUCUGCGAAGCUGGAGAAACAAUCCUCGACGGAGGUGGUAGAACCACUGAAGCUGGUUCUUACCAUGAUCGAGCACAAAAAGCGGAAUCUGGAGAAGCGAAAGGUAAAACUGGAAGCUUACAAGGCUGAGCAGAAGAAUGGCAAGGAGCUGAAUAGCGAGCAGCAAUCGGCAGUGUCUAAGUACGACGAAGUCAUCCAGACUCUCGUCUUUGCCAACGAUCUUGUGAAGCAGAUCCAGCAACUCGAGUUGGACCAUGCAAAGAUUCAAAAAAAGCAGCAAAAGAAGGACCAGGCGAAGGAGCAGUCUGAGAGGUACCAACGAGACAUGCAGAGGACCAAGGAUUUGAUCACAAUCCAGGAUGUGCUGAAGAGCUUCACUGACGACGUGGUGAGAUCUGACUUCCUGGCAGGAAAGAACGGUGCCGUCACUUUGUCAAAGGAAGACUUGGACCUCGUGGAUGAAGUCAGCCUGCUAAUUUUGCCCAAUGACUCCGCCACUAAUGAAGGUAUCGACGGUGCUGCCCAAUUCCUGGUCAACCUGCUUGACCGCAAAAAGAAGGAGUGGAAAUCAACUACCAAGAGCUACGCUGACAUCUUCGCUCUAUUUAUGUCUCUCAACGACAGCGACUACUUUAGAAAUGCCAAGAAUAUCAGUACCAUCCCCAUGCCACAAGAACCUGAACCAGAGGAAGAGAGCGUGGUUGAGAUUGAAGAUACCCUAGUUGACCCGGCUAUUAUCAAGAAGGAGAUCAGCAGCUCGCCUUCGCUGAAGAACAACCUGUCCCCCACAAACCAAAUGCCAAGUCUAACGGAAACUCCUCUCAUGGCGCCGCCUGCUGAAGCCCCGUACUUUGUUGCACAGGCGCCAGAGGCAGCGCCUCUGCACUUCAUCCCCCCGCAACAGCAGCAGCAGCCACCGCCGCCUCCUCCGCCAGUGCACCUGCCUCCUCGCCAAAUCAUCAACGACGUCAUUGGCCAGAGCAACAGCGCUUUUGACUUCUUGCAGGAGUCUCAGAUCGAGGCUGAGGCGCCGCCAGUCUUGAUUCCCCAGUUUCCGCCCGGCUUGGCGCCUCCGCCAUCUGCGCCUGCCGCCUCAGCCGUGCCCCAACCAGAAUUCCACCAGGCCAUUCCUUCUCAAACGUUCACCAACCAGAGUUUCCAUGUAAUCGCCCAGGUCCCGCAACAGCAACCACCAGUGCACCCGCAAUCGUCCUCCCCGAAAAGCACAAUGCAGCCGUAUCCAGCAGCGGCUCCGCAGCCCACCUUUAUAGAAGAGGUGACGCAGAUGCAGCUGCCAGAAGAGCCAAAGCAGCCUGUCGUCGCUCCAACCUCUUUCGCGCAGGCGGCCACUUACAGCAGCCUUGCACAGAAGCCGCAAAACUUCACUAACGGCCCUCCAGGCUUCCCCCCGCAGCAGCCGCAGAAAAUGCAGCAAAGCCAGUUCCAGCCAAUUCCCACCUUGGAACAGGAGCAGGAGAAGGAGAGCAACACGUGGAAUGGAGGCGCUGGCGAUGCAAGUGACGACCAGCAGCACAGGAGUGGCUUCAGGGGCAAGGGCGGCGGCCGAGGUGGCCGCGGCAGGGGAGUAGCUGACCGCAACGGCUAUGGAAGCAGACCUAGGCAAAACGGACAAGGCAGACCUGGAGGUUAUCGUCAGGACAAACAGGAUGGUGAGAGAGGCAGCUACGAAAACGGCGUGACUGAGCACAAGGGUGGCAACUUCAGACCCAGGGGUCCACCAAGGGAUGGACCCCGGGAACCACGAGAGUUCAGGGAGCCUAGAGAACCCAAAGAGUGGAAGGAUAACCGCGAGUGGCAAAACCAGGAGCCCAGAGACAACAGUGGAGCCCGGAGAGCCCCCAGGCCCAACGGUCCUUACAGAGGUGCUGGGCGUGGGCGCGGGGCCCCGGGUAGCAACCAGAAUCCGCGGCCUCAGCAGCAGCCAAUGAAGCAGCAACAGUAAUUAAGACAAACAAACGCACAGUGGCGCGGAGGAGAAAUCUUUUAAAACCACUGAGGGCAACAACUCGUGAUCAAACUUCCAUCUUUAAAUACGAAAACUAACCUCUCCUCCGCCUCACAUGCUCUGACCCCAUGAGGAUUCCACUUGAAUAAACACUGAAACGAGAGAGAAGUCGCCUGUUUUCGACAAAGAGAAUAACUGCAACUCAUCGUUCUCAAUGACGUGAAAAAUGAAAUGACUAGUACACAUAAGCUACUCAUUCAUUGUUACAAUUGAUGGACCUAAAUGAAAAAAAAAUAUUUAAGAAGCAGACGCAGUUCACCUGUAACACAAAUGUGAAGUGAAAGAGAUGGUGUCGAUAUGUAAAAAAUUUCAUUACGCAAACUUAAGUGAUUUUAAGUAUUAUUAUUAAUGAAGAUAAUUUUAAGGUGAACCCCCAUGUAAAACCCAUCCAUCCAACUUCACCCAAAUAUCGUUCGGAGGGGUCCAGAUUUGAACCAUUAGUGCAAAUCUUUGCCACUUCCUACUAGCUUUAGCUCCCGGCCGACCGUGUCGGUCGUUUGGCCAGGAAUAAUUUUACAUCUUCAAUAAAUCUUUGGAAUCUCGACCCCUCUGUGAAAUUCGGCAGUUAUGAAGCCCCUUCAUUUUUUAUCACAACUAUUCCAUUGCUAAGUUUUCUUCACAUCCAUUUUCUACUUUUAUUAGGUGUCGUAAAGUUUAUUUAGUAACUAAUAAUACAAAUUACUAACUCAUUUAACUAAAUCUGUUGCAUUCAGAUCUCAAUACGUGGACAUUUAUUUUCACAAAUACACGCAAAGUGUGACUGACUUAAAUGUUGAUUAGCAUUUUCGAUUACCAUCUUUCCCUUGCUGUGGGUUUUCUGUGUCCAGGCAUUUAUUUCGUUAUCACGUUUGUUCUGUUGUCACUAAUGAAAGUGUCUCAAAAUUAAUUGAAAAAACUUUCAUGCUUUCAAUAAAUAAGAUGCAGUAAGCUGAA